AUGGAGGACACUACCGAUAUCGAUAUUAUCGAUGAUUUUGUCCUUAAAUCUGCACACGAGGAAAUGGAGCGGGAUGGUUAUACCCGGUUCCCCCUCAGUAAUCCAGCGGGAGUUAUGAAAAUGGAACAAGACUGCGAAAAGAUCGAAAAAAUAACCACGCCAUCCUUCCAUUACUGUAAAUUGCCGGAUGCGGGAUUUCUGACGUCGGACCCAGAGGUCAGGCGUCACCUCGAAACCCGAUUUGGAAAAAAAGUCGAGGAGCUUAUAAUGCAGGGGCCCAGUAUGGUGGAGUGCGUCGCCGUUCCCGAGUCUGACCAGAAGUUGCCACUUGACUUCAUGACAGUACACCCCAUUCACACCCAUGAUGCGAUUUCCUUCUUUAUUCCGCUAACAGGAAAUGCCGACUGGGAUAACGGGUUGUUUGGGAUUUGUACUGGCUCCCAUCAUCAGAGUGUCGAGCAAUUUUACUGCCAGAAUGAACGAGAUAUUCACCGGAUUGUGGUUGAGCAAUACUGGGUCCUUCCAGUUGAAGGGGCGACCUUUGUUCAACCGUCGCCGAAUGGUGGUAUGAAGAUGAUUUGGGUGGGAUUUUCUUCCCAUCCAAUGGGGCCGUACAUCCAAUCGCCUUAUGCAUUUCCGUUCAUGAAAGUUUGA